GUUUCUCGUCCAUUCCCGUCUUUUUUUGUAAAACAUCGUGAAUAUUCAUAAAAAUGGACUCUACUGCAGUGGCCGCAUCUUCUUCCCAGCCGGAACCAUCAGCGGUAGCCAAAAGUUUCAGCGAAAAACACGCCGAACGGAUGGAACGGCUGAAGAAACUUCAUAUGCAGCGGAACGAAGCCAGGAACUCCAACCACCAGGAAGUAGUCGCUGAGGACGAACAAAAGAAGUUACCAGCUAAUUGGGAAGCACGCAAACGGCAAGCAGACUGGCUGAUUGACGAUAGUAAGGCGAAGGCGGAGGCAGAGGCCAAGGGGCUGGAUUAUAACCGAGUGAAGAUGAUGAAAGUUUCCGCAGCCGAAGCGGAACGAUUCCAUAAACUGAAGGUCAAAAAGAAGAACGCCGAUCCGGGAUUCUCGGACUAUGAAGCGCAGACGGCACGGCAGUACAAUCGGCUGGUGAAGACUAUGGAACCAAGGGAUUUGAUCAAGUAUGAAGAGCAGAAGGAACGGUACGGGGAAGCGUUCUACGGUGGACCGAAUGUGGUCCUGCAAGGGCUACACAAGGAUACUCCGGUGGCUAUCGAUAAGAUGGUGAAGGAUCUGGAACAGCAGAUCGAUAAGAGGAAGAAAUUCUCCCGCAGGAGGACGCACAACGAUGAUGCCGAUAUCGAUUAUAUUAACGAGAAGAAUGCCCGAUUCAACAAGAAGCUGGAACGGUUCUACGGCGAACAUACGACCGAGAUCAAGCAGAACUUGGAACGCGGGACGGCUAUCUAAAAAGACGGUGCGGGCGAUCGGUGGUUACCCCCUGGGUACGUAUGCGUAUAUCUGCUUUUACUCGUA